UCGCAAAACUUUCCCGAAAACCAUAAUACGAUGGGUGCUUCCGCGCUGCCGAUUAUCAUUUUCUCUGCCAUCUUCGGUGUGGUGGGCAUUGUGCUACCGAUUGUUGCACCCAAGGGCCCGAACCGUGGGAUCGUCCAGUGUGUGCUGAUAUUAACGGCAGCAACGUGCUGGUUAUUCUGGCUGUGUUGCUACAUGGCUCAGAUGAACCCUCUGAUCGGCCCAAAGCUGCACCAGAACACGAUCUUGAUCAUGGCACGUGAGUGGGGCAAUCCCCUGCCUGAUAUGGAGGGAUAUCAACCCGAACAUACGGACCAUUAA